CCGUUCGUUCCUCUUGCUUGGUCUCCACUCUCCAGUCAGGCCCAAAUACAAAAAGGGAAAAGAAGGGUUCGGGGGAACGCCGCUCGAAUCCGUAACCCUAAACCUCCCCAAAACCCUCCUCGCCUCCCUCCCCUCCAUCCAAUCCUCGAGACGAGCGCGCGUGCGAGGAGGAACCCCACGGAGAUGGCGGCGGUGGCAAGGGUUUUCCGCGGGUCCCUCUUCCUCAUGUCCCCGGCGGCGGGCACGGGCAAGGCGGCGGGAGCCAAGGCGGCGGCGGCGGCGGCGACCAAGAAGCGGACCAAGGCGCCGUCCACGGAGCCGAGGGUGCCGACCGGGAUCUCGAAGCCGAUACCGGUGUCCGCUGAGUUGAGCAGGUUCGCCGGCGGCGCGCCCGAGGUCGCGCGCUCCCAGGCCGUGAAGCUCAUCUGGGCCCACAUCAAGGCUCACGGCCUGCAGGACCCAGCCAAGAAAACUGAGAUCAACUGUGAUGCAACACUCAAAAGCUUGUUUGGUGGGAGGGACAGGAUUGGAAUGCUGGAGAUCAUGAAGCUACUGCGUCCUCACUUCCUGAAGAACUAGAAGCGGUCCCUGGAGCCAGCGAUAGUGCUUUAGUCUACGACUUUAUUUGGAUGGCCUCUUUUGUGAUCCAUGUGAAGUCCAGGUUCCACUAGUUAGUUAAGCCGAAAUUGUGUGAUGGCAUUAAGACUUCAGACUUUGUUCAGCGGUUGGGUUUGGGGUGUGAUGCAUGUAAAAAGGAUUCCCAGUGUUGCUGUUGCUCUUGCUAUCCUGUGUGGGCACCGUCGGCACAUUGAUGUGGGAAAUGUUUAGUCUGCCAAUGACAAAUCUUCUUAGUCCACGUUCAUUCCUAUCUUUUGAUUCGUGAUCUA